AUGGCAAGCCAUCGCACAUCUGUUGAAGGAACCCUCCUUGUGUCUUCAAUUUUGAGAUCUUUGGAUAUGCAGUCAGUCACUGCAGCCGAAUGGAAACAUGAGUUCUCAAAUCUUGUGUUCACGGCCAUUCCAAACGCAUCUGAACAUCCUCUCUUCAAUUACUCGGGAUUUGAACCCGGGAAAACCGUCCUGGCCAAAGGCCAUGUCAAAGCGCCAGGCAGAAAACCUUUUACAUCAGAAGUGAUCUACGAACGAGACACGGGAAUACAGAUGCGUGAUGGUAUUCGGAUUUUCGCGGAUAUCUUCCGCUCAAUUACGUCCGAUAAAAAUCCGGUGCCAGCUCUGAUGCCCUGGAGUGCGUACGGGAAGACAGGUACAGGUGUACAACAGUACGAAUCUAUGGGCCCUUUUAGUUGUGGCGUGCCAUUGGGGAAGACAUCGGGCUACGAGAAAUUUGAGGCACCUGAUCCCGCUGAAUGGUGCGAGCGAGGAUAUGCCAUCAUCAAUGUGGACGCUCGAGGCGCCGGCAUGUCCGAGGGUGACAUACACUUUUGGGGGAUUCAAGAAGCAGAAGAUGUCUUUGACACAAUCGACUGGGUGUCUAAGCAGCCAUGGUGUAAUGGCUCUGUUGGAAUGGUCGGCAACUCUUGGCUCGCCAUAUCACAAAUUAAUUUUGCCUCCCGCCUCCAUCAUCCAGCUCUGAAAGCACUGGCGCCAAUGGAAGCUCUCAAUGACCCUUACAGACAAUUAGUUACUCGUGGUGGCAAACCUCAUAACAUGUCGUUCCACAAGUUACUUAUUGAUGGAAUGGCUGGGCCUAACUCGAUUGAAAAUAUGUUCGCAAUGUUGGCGCAACGCCCGCUCUACGACAACUAUUGGCAGAGUAAAUACAUCAAAACAGAAGAAAUCGACAUUCCUCUCUACUUGCUAGCUUCGUACUCCUCUGGACUACACACAGCCGGCUCCUUUCACACCUUUCAGACUGCAAAAACCAAGCAUAAAUGGCUCAGGGUCCACCCAUACCAAGAAUGGUUCGACCUUUACCGACCUGAGGUCAACGACGAAUUACAAAGAUAUUUCGAUCGAUUCUGCAAAGGCAUUGACAAUGGAUGGGAGCGAGAUAUACCGCCUCUGCGGCUUUCUCUCCUCGGUUUUGAGGGUAGUGCAGUGGCCACAGUUAUUGAAAGACCGGAAAACGAAUAUCCACUCGCCCGGCAGCAGCUUGAGAAAUACUAUCUAGACCCCUCGGAACGGAAACUUGUACGCCAGUUGCCUGGAAAUACUUCCGCCGUAUCGCAUGAGGCUCAUAAUCUCACUACAACAUCUGUAAGUCUGAACCCUUCUCAGUUCAUGAACUUGCGCGAAUAG